UAUUGGCAGAAAAAAAAAGAAAAAAGAAUCCAAAUUCUCACAAUUUUUUUGUUAUUGUUUUGGUUGCUCCUCUUUGGCUUGAACGUUGAACCGCCUCUACGUCCUGAAGCAGGAAGCAACGGCGGCAAAAGAUAAAACGAUCCAUACCCGCAAGUGCUAAUAAAACGACAGUUCUCUCUCUUUUUUCUAUUUUCAAACCUCGCAACCUCACCACUUUCGAAGCUCCUAUGAACCUGAACAGUGAAAAGCUCUGCUAGGGUUUUGCUCACUCGCAAACGCACCGUUCAGUCGGGCACAAAGAACCGAACCAGACCUAGGGUUUCGAAUUCCGAUCCGCAACCACAUUCAUGGACGAGGAGCCCGAGUACGACGACCAGCAGUACAACGACGACGACGAAGAUGAAAUCACGCAGGAGGACGCCUGGGCCGUCAUCUCAGCCUACUUCGAAGAGAAGGGUUUGGUGCGCCAACAGCUCGACUCAUUCGACGAGUUCAUUCAGAACACAAUGCAGGAAAUCGUCGAUGAGUCGGCCGAUAUCGAGAUUCGCCCCGAGUCGCAGCACAACCCGGGCCACCAGCCUGAUUUCGCCGAGACUACAUAUAGGAUUAAGUUCGGUCAGAUUUAUUUGAGUAAGCCCAUGAUGACCGAGUCGGAUGGAGAAACUGCAACCUUAUUUCCCAAAGCUGCCAGGUUGAGAAAUCUAACGUACUCAGCACCCUUGUAUGUGGAUGUCUCAAAGAGCAUUGUAAAGAAAGGACAUGAUGGUGAAGAAGUCACCGAAACUCAGGAUUUCACCAAAGUAUUCAUUGGAAAGGUUCCUAUAAUGCUUCGGUCUAGUUAUUGCACGUUGUACCAGAAUUCCGAAAAAGAUUUAACAGAGCUGGGAGAGUGUCCAUAUGAUCAAGGUGGAUAUUUUAUUAUAAAUGGGAGUGAAAAGGUUCUGAUUGCCCAAGAGAAGAUGAGCACCAAUCAUGUCUACGUGUUCAAAAAGAGGCAGCCUAACAAGUAUGCCUACGUGGCGGAAGUUCGGUCUAUGGCGGAGUCCCAAAACAGACCGCCCAGUACAAUGUUUGUGCGGAUGCUUGCUCGGACUAGUUCUAAAGGGGGUUCUUCUGGACAAUACAUUCGUGCUACUCUUCCAUACAUUCGAGCUGAAAUUCCUAUUAUUAUUGUAUUCCGAGCUCUCGGGUUUGUUGCUGAUAAAGACAUAUUAGAGCAUAUAUGUUAUGACUUCUCUGAUACUCAGAUGAUGGAGUUGCUUAGACCUUCUCUGGAAGAAGCAUUUGUGAUUCAAAAUCAACAGGUUGCACUCGACUAUAUUGGAAAAAGAGGUGCAACUGUUGGUGUUAGUAGAGAAAAGAGGAUCAAGUAUGCAAAAGAGAUCCUUCAAAAGGAAAUGCUUCCACAUGUUGGUGUUGGAGAAUUUUGUGAGACAAAGAAAGCUUACUAUUUUGGAUAUAUCAUUCACAGGCUUCUACUGUGUGCACUUGGUCGGAGGGCAGAAGAUGAUAGGGAUCAUUAUGGCAACAAGAGGCUGGAUCUUGCUGGUCCCUUACUGGGAGGCUUGUUUCGAAUGUUAUUCAGGAAGUUGACUAGGGAUGUGAGAGGUUAUGUGCAAAAGUGUGUCGAUAAUGGAAAGGAACUUAACCUGCAAUUUGCCAUCAAAGCUAAAACAAUCACUAGUGGCCUCAAAUAUUCACUUGCUACUGGGAACUGGGGGCAAGCAAAUGCAGCUGGUACAAGGGCUGGAGUGUCACAGGUGUUAAAUCGUUUGACAUAUGCGUCCACCUUGUCACACUUGAGAAGGCUAAAUUCUCCCAUAGGGCGUGAAGGGAAAUUGGCCAAACCACGGCAGUUGCAUAACUCGCAGUGGGGGAUGAUGUGUCCAGCUGAAACACCUGAAGGACAAGCAUGUGGACUUGUAAAGAAUCUUGCGUUGAUGGUAUACAUCACAGUAGGAUCAGCUGCAUAUCCAAUAUUGGAAUUUUUGGAAGAAUGGGGUACAGAGAAUUUUGAGGAAAUUUCCCCUGCAGUUAUUCCCCAAGCCACGAAAAUUUUUGUUAAUGGCUGUUGGGUUGGCAUACAUCGUGAUCCUGAAAUGUUGGUGAAAACAUUAAGAAAGCUAAGGCGACGGGUUGAUGUCAAUACUGAAGUUGGGGUUGUCAGAGAUAUCCGUCUUAAAGAAUUGCGGAUAUAUACUGAUUAUGGCCGUUGCAGUCGUCCAUUAUUCAUCGUGGACAAACAAAGGCUUCUCAUAAAGAAGAAAGAUAUUCAUGCAUUACAGCAGAGGGAAAACCCUGAAGAUGGUGGCUGGCAUGACCUUGUAGCAAAGGGAUUUAUAGAAUAUAUUGAUACGGAAGAAGAGGAGACUACAAUGAUUUCCAUGACAAUUAAUGAUCUUGUACAAGCAAGGCUCAAUCCUGAAGAGGCAUAUUCUGACACUUACACUCAUUGUGAAAUUCAUCCAUCGCUUAUUUUGGGUGUUUGUGCUUCAAUUAUACCAUUUCCCGAUCAUAAUCAGUCUCCACGUAAUACGUAUCAAUCUGCUAUGGGCAAGCAAGCUAUGGGAAUUUAUGUCACCAAUUAUCAGUUCCGAAUGGAUACACUGGCGUAUGUUCUGUACUACCCUCAGAAGCCCCUUGUCACUACACGAGCCAUGGAGCAUCUUCAUUUCAGGCAGCUUCCAGCUGGCAUCAAUGCUAUUGUUGCCAUUUCUUGCUAUUCUGGUUAUAACCAGGAAGAUUCUGUCAUUAUGAAUCAAUCCUCUAUAGACCGUGGAUUCUUCCGGUCAAUAUUCUUCCGCUCUUAUAGGGACGAGGAGAAAAAGAUGGGGACCCUUGUCAAAGAGGAUUUCGGGCGUCCAGACAGAGCAAACACGAUGGGCAUGCGGCAUGGUUCUUACGACAAGUUGGAUGAUGAUGGUCUCGCACCUCCUGGAACUAGGGUUUCAGGUGAAGAUGUUAUCAUAGGAAAGACCACUCCCAUGGCUCAGGAUGAGGCGCAAGGGCAAGCUGCUUCACGAUACACACGGCGUGACCAUAGCAUAAGCUUACGCCACAGUGAAACAGGGAUUGUGGAUCAGGUUCUACUGACAACUAAUGCUGAUGGGUUGAGGUUUGUGAAAGUAAGGGUGAGAUCUGUCCGGAUACCACAGAUUGGUGAUAAAUUUAGCAGUAGACAUGGACAGAAGGGGACAGUGGGUAUGACUUAUACACAAGAAGACAUGCCAUGGACUGUGGAAGGGGUCACCCCCGAUAUUAUCGUGAACCCACAUGCUAUUCCUUCUCGAAUGACCAUUGGUCAGCUUAUUGAGUGUAUCAUGGGGAAGGUUGCAGCUCACAUGGGGAAGGAAGGAGAUGCAACUCCCUUUACGGAUGUGACUGUGGACAAUAUUAGCAGAGCUCUUCACAGCUGUGGGUAUCAAAUGCGUGGGUUUGAGACCAUGUAUAAUGGCCACACAGGCAGGCGGCUUAGUGCUAUGAUAUUCCUUGGCCCCACAUAUUACCAGAGGCUGAAGCAUAUGGUUGAUGACAAGAUCCAUUCCCGUGGGCGGGGUCCAGUACAGAUCCUCACAAGGCAGCCUGCUGAGGGACGAUCUCGUGAUGGUGGUCUGCGAUUUGGAGAAAUGGAGCGAGAUUGCAUGAUUGCCCAUGGCGCUGCUCAUUUUCUGAAAGAGAGAUUGUUCGACCAGAGUGAUGCAUAUAGGGUUCAUGUCUGUGAGCGUUGUGGGUUAAUAGCUAUUGCAAAUCUCAAGAAGAAUUCAUUUGAGUGCAGAGGUUGCAAGAAUAAAACUGACAUUGUUCAGGUAUACAUUCCCUAUGCUUGCAAGCUGCUCUUCCAAGAGCUUAUGUCCAUGGCUAUAGCACCAAGAAUGCUCACAAAGGACAUCAAGCCCGCCAAAGACCAAAAGAAGAAAGGAGCCUGAUAUAUUUAUAUAUGCAUAUGAUGGCAAAAAAAACCUCCAUUUUCUGAAGUUUCGGUACGCUCCAGCUAAGUCAGAACAACUCCGUUUACAAAAAGCAUGAAGUUGAGGAUUGGAGUCUGUAAAUCGUGCCACAAUAAAAACAUGCUGGGGGCUACUCCAAGAGUGGGAGACCGAAUCAGAAGAUUGGUCAGUUCCUAUUAAUUUCGAUUGAGUAUAUGGCACAAAGUCUUGCAUCGGUUCAGCUGUAGUAUUUCCAUGAGGUAGUUUUGUUUUCUUCUCAUUUCACAUGAAGAGGUGGAGAGGGAUUUGUAAUAACUUGAACUGUAAUUGAUUGUAUUUUAGCUAUUACACUAUCAAAUAUAGAUAAAUCUAUACGCCACAUUUUAGUUGUAAUGUGCUUUCCUAAGUUGUUGUCAAAGCGGAAUUCUGUUAUCUGUUUCGGUGGUUAGUAAAACAAAAGCAUAUUAAUCUUAUGAAUUAUCGGAUUCAGAUC